AUGAUUCUGGUAGAAACCACAUUAGGAAAUUUUAAGAAACACAUGCUAACUCACACAAGAGAGAAACCUUUCAGAUGCUCAGUCUGUAAAAGAUCUUUUGCACGGAGUGGUCAUUUAAAGAGUCACAUGUUAACUCACACAGGAGAGAAACCUUUCAGCUGCUCAGUCUGUAAAACAUGUUUUGCACACAGGAUAAGUUUAAAGAGACACAUGUUCACUCACACAGGAGAUAAACCUUUCAGCUGCUCACUCUGUAAAACAUGUUUUACACAGAGCAGUCAUUUAAAGAGUCACAUGUUAACUCACACAGGAGAGAAACCGUUCAGCUGCUCAGUCUGUAAAAGAUCUUUUGCAGAGAGAGGAACUUUAAAGAGUCACAUGUUAACUCACACAGGGGAGAAACCUUUCAGCUGCUCAGUCUGUAAAACAUCUUUUGCACUGAGUGGUCAUUUAAAGAGACACAUGUUAACUCACACAGGAGAGAAACCUUUCGGCUGCUCAGUCUGUAAAAGAUGUUUUAGACAGAGAGGAACUUUAAAGAGACACAUGUUAUCUCACACAAGAGAGAACUCAUUGUAGUUGUUCUGGUUUUGGUAAAGUUGACAUUUAUUCCACUCCCUCACUUGUCAACAAAACCUUGAGAAACUGGACCUCCCUCGUUUGGGGCAGUGACUCACUUCCAACUGGGAGGCCUCUAUCCACUAACCACUACGAAGCCAUCUCCACUAAGAGAAUAUUAUGUGAGCAGAGAAGUCACCAUGUUUGUUUUGUUUAGCUUUAUUUGCUCUGUUAUUUGUCAUCGAGUAUUUUAUGAACCCCCGAGUGUUCCUGUUGUGCUUGUAGCUGCUGUCAUAGCGAUCCAGUCUGCUGAGCUUUGUUGAGUUGAGAUCCUCCACCAAGAAUAUGUCAGCAGACUGUAUUUCAUCAGUUAUCUCUAUGAAGACAUCAUGUCAACAUGUUCUCCUCCAUAAAGACAUCAUGUCAACAUGUUCUCCUCUAUGAAGACAUCAUGUCAACAUGUUCUCUAUAAAGACAUCAUGUCAACAUGUUCUCUAUGAAGACAUCAUGUCAACAUGUUCUCUAUGAAGACAUCAUGUCAACAUGUUCUCCUCUAUGAAGACAUGUCAACAUGUUCUCUAUAAAGACAUGUCAACAUGUUCUCCUCUAUGAAGACAUCAUGUCAACAUGUUCUCUAUAAAGACAUCAUGUCAACAUGUUCUCCUCUAUGAAGACAUCAUGUCAACAUGUUCUCCUCUAUGAAGACAUCAUGUCAACAUGUUCUCCUCCAUGAAGACAUCAUGUCAACAUGUUCUCCUCUAUGAAGACAUGUCAACAUGUUCUCCUCUAUAAAGACAUCAUGUCAACAUGUUCUCCUCUCUAAAGACAUCAUGUCAACAUGUUCUCCUCUAUAAAGACAUCAUGUCAACAUGUUCUCCUCUAUGAAGACAUCAUGUCAACAUGUUCUCCUCUAUGAAGACAUGUCAACAUGUUCUCCUCUAUAAAGACAUCAUGUGAACAUGUUCUCCUCUAUGAAGUCAUCAUGUCAACAUGUUCUCC